CGAGUACUCUUCUUUAUGAUAAAUACCUCUAUCCCCUCUCAUCCUUUCUACAGUUAUACGUCCACGCAAACACAAUAUCUACUCAACAUCCACCACUUCUCGUUCAAAUACACCAACCGCCAAAAUGAAGUUCACCAUUGUCCUCGCUGCUCUUGCCACCGCUGUUGUCGCCCAAGAGACGGCUACCCCGGUUUUCGAGUUCCAGAACUUCGCAGCUAGCUGCGCGGCUGACAGCGAACUGUGCACGUAAGUAGCCUCUUGAUUCUAGUGCCUAUUCCAAUUCAUCUACAAAUGCCAGCACACGGAGAUCGACAUCUGCUAAUCUGGGUGUAAUCAACAGUUUCUCAUUCACCUUAAACGGCGUAAACUGCACGGCGUCCGACCGAGCCUUCCCAGCGACCGUCCUCGGUGUCGCCUACAAGAAGCUUCCCAACAUUGGGCAAACCGGCUGCGGCAAGAUUGCCUGGAGUGGUGUCCGAGGUGCUGAUGAAGUAUACAGCAUCUCUGGCAGAACGCUCGGAGCUGGUGGCCAAGGUGGCGGUGCUGCCAUCCCAGCUUCUGAUUUCACUAUUCGGGAUGGCGUCGAGGCAUACACUGGUACCGGCACCAUUGACCUUUUGUAAAAUGUUCCCUAAGCAUUGGAAUGUUUUUCCUAGAGAGCCAUGGUUUUUUAUGUACGAAAGUGUGUCCGCCUAUCGCUUAUAACACAAAAUGGAAUAGUUGGAUACUGGACCACUUGGGUUGGGUCACUGUAA